AUGCAGAGGGUUGGGCGGAGACUGAGCCAGGCCGUUCUCGGGAGCACCCCUUACGAGGUCGAUGACAAGGCCACGUUCAGGGGCGGGGAGCUGCAUCGAAAGCGAUGGGCGCAGCUCCUUUUUGAAUACACCUUCUACGUCUUCUUGCUGGCAUUUACUUACUUUGUGUUCGUCGGCAUUCCCCUCUGGGAAGGUGCAGUGUGGUGGCUAUACUGGGCGUUCCAGCACAAGUUCGCCGUGACGGUGGCAUUCGUCGUCGUCUUUGGCAUUGCGGCAUUAUACGCCUGCGUCCCGCUGCUCAUGCUAUUCGAACGCGACCCGACGCCCAACCACAACCCGCAUUACGACGCAACCAAGGACUACACCGCGCAAAACACUGCACUCCUCAUUCCCUGCUGCAGAUCAGCAUCCAUCAUCGGAGCAACUCUCGAAGCAGCCUUGAAGAUAUUCCCGGCGUCUCACAUCUUCGUCGUCGCAAAUGGCAAUUCCCCAACGCCGCUGGACGACACCGAGGACAUCUGUUCGCAGUACGGCGUCACACACCUCUGGUCUCCCAUCGGCUCCAAGAUUGUCGCGCAGUUCGUCGGUUGCUACGCCGCCAAGGACUUCCAGCACGUCUUGCUCAUCGACGAUGACUGCACGCUGCCCGCGGAUUUCCCCAUCGCCGGCGACCGGCUGGUGGGCAAGGUCAAGUCAAUCGGAUACACCAUCAAGAGCGUCGCCGCCGACGGGUCAAAGGGCAACUACUGCCAGCAGGCGCAGGAUUUCGAGUACAAGAUUUCCGGCAUCCACCGUGCUUUUGCGGGCUUCAUCGGCAGCGCGACCUUCCCGCACGGCGCCAUCUCGCUCUGGGACCGCGAGUUUCUCAUUCGCGUGUUCCACGAUCACCCCGGCUUCUCCGUGUCUGAGGAUUGGUUCUUUGGACAUAGCUGUCGUCGUCUCGGUGGUCGCAUCGAGAUGUGCUCUGCCGUCUUUGUCGCGACUGAAACGCCGCCCGCUGUCUUCUACAACCCUGGUGGUGGCCGUGGUGGUGUCGGCGAGAUGACGGUGUUCCAACAGCGAUUCUCGAGAUGGAAUAUGUUCUUGAUCAGCCGAAUCUGGUACAAUAUGUCCUACAUCGUCACCAGCUGGAACCUGGGUUGGUCGGAGCUCGGUACGAAGUUAUUUGUCUUCCAGGAGGUAUAUGAGACAAUCUCAUAUCUCCUCACUCCAUUCGUUCUUCCAAUUUCACUCAUCGUCCAGCCGGAACUCUGUGGCUGCCUCGUUGCGGGCACGGUUGGCCUAUACGUCGUCAAUUGCAUCAUCUUCAACGAACUCCAUCUGCGCCUCAAAAAAGAGCGUGUUAGCUACAUAGUUCUCAUCUUCUAUUAUAUGCCGUAUAAGAUUAUGCUCACAGCCAUCGACGUUGUCAGCUGCUACUGUGCCAUCUUCAAACAUGCCAGAUGCUUUGCCAAUCGCCAGCCCAAGGUUAUCGAAGACGAGAACACGGUCGAGAUUGUUCUCCGUCUUGAAGAUGCCACGGACCAGAAAAUGCUACAAACGCCAGGUCUUCCAUUCCAAGGUCGCAAGAUGAGCGUGACAACUGUCAUUACCAGGAUGAGCGUCUCAGGAAACGACAUGAAUAUCCCGGUCCCGCUACUUACUGGAAGCCAAGCUAGAGCCAAACGUUCCAGUAAGAGCGGUAGGGGGAUCAGUGUUCAGUUUGCGGACUUGCCAAAAUCUCCCAACGUACCCCAGAAUAGGUUUUCAAGACUGUUCGGACCUAAGUCUGUUCUCAAGGUGGAGGAUGUUUGA